UGCUCCUCCCCUUCUACGCGCCCCGGAACCUGUGGGAGCAGUGCGCAGGCGCAAAACGAAGAGGACUCCGCGACAACUACUGGGCGGGGAGACCUCGGAAGUAGCUAGCGGAACACCGCCCGCCCUAGGCCUUGGCGCGCUUACUUGCGCUCCUCUAUUCAAUCGUGAAGACUAUCUCCGACAUUUCGAUUCUCGUGGCGCGCGCACAGGGAGGGGGCAUGGCCCCUAUAGACCAAAAACUGAGGAAAUAGCUUGGCCCGUCUCACCAAACCCCCCAAAUUGCAACGCCCCCUCCUUCCUGCUUUGAGGGACCGCCGCCUGGAGCGGACUUGGGGGAGGUUGGUAGUGGAGGAGUCCUGACUUAUCUCUCUAGUAAUGCAGCCCUCUGGCCCCCUCCCAGGACAUCCACCGUACUGCCUCGUUUCUGAAUUACCUGGAGUACUGAUAAUAGAAGAGACUGUAGUGUCUCUCGUCAAAGAUAAACAUCUUGAGACCACGAACAAGAACCAAGGAAAAUAAACAACCGCCCCUGACAGACUCCGUAGUAAUAGCUGAUGCAUCUCUCCUCCCUUGCCAGCCCUCAGCAGCAACAGGAGCAAUUAAAAAAGAGAAAACAAGGUCCUGUGGUCCAAGUAAACUUUUUAAUCCACUCGGACUGCCUGCCUUCUCCCUUCUACAUUAUCUAAUAACCACGUCUCUUAUUGAACCUGCCUUCUAUGGGACAGCAACAUUUUCUUAAGUUGAAGACGAUGAAGGAAGUUUUCAAAGAGAAGUUUGGUCGAAUGAGCUCAUUCAAGCCUCUGCUUGCACCGCAUAUUUCCUCUCAGCUUUAAGAAAACCUACUUUGGCAACAAGCGUGUUUUUGUCUCCAAUCCUCACAGGCCCAAUCCUCACAGGCCCGAACUUUUCUGUCAUCACGUGCCUGGCCUGAGCCAGUCGGCUGCCCUGUAACACGAUCACCGCGGCCAGCCUCCCAACCCUCCCGAGUAACUGCAAGUCAGGCGGCAGCGCCGCGAUAGCAGCCGCCCAACUAGCGGCUAAAAGGGAAGCGAAAGCAGCCUCAAGCGGAGACCUGGACCUUGGAGGAGGUGGAAGACAGCCCGCUGCAGAGGGCUCCUUGCACAUGGAAGGACACAUCUGGGACUCCAUGAGGAGGACAGCUUUCCUGCUGGGCCCUGGCCUGUGCUUGUGUGUGACCUUCUGGAACUCAGUCACAUGGCAUCUUCAGAGAUUUUGGGGGUGCUUCUGGCUGCUUUGGUCAAGCAGGUGGGAGAGGCUGCUGUCUACAUUCAAAGGGAAGGAGUGGAUCCUCUAUGCUAUUGAUGAAGUUUCCAGACCCCCAGCACUUAGGGUACCCAGUCUGCUCUUCUGGAGCUUAAAUGGGCUUCUAGUGAUGGUUGACACAACUGGUAAACCUAACUUCAUCUUGCAAUACCAAAUUCACGUUGACAGGAGUGAACCGGUAAGUCCUAUCAGCCUGCGCCAGUCUAUCUCAGUUCUCUUCAACCAUUACAUGAUCUCUUUCCCCACAGCGGCCUUCCUCUACCCCCUAUUCAAGUUGUGGGGAGAGCCCCGCCGCUGAGAGCUGCCCAUCCACUGGGUCCUCCUGGAGCUGGCAGUCUUCACUCUGACAGAGGAAGUCAUGUUCUACUACAUGCACUGGCUCGUCCACCAUCCAAUAUUCUACAAGAAAAUCCCCAAGAAACACCAUGAGUGGACAGCUCCUAUUGGCACGAUCAGCCUCCAUGUCCUCCCCUUGGAACGUUCGACCUCCAACAAGCUGCCAGUGAUGGGGGAUCCCAUAGCAAUGGGCUCCCACUGGUCCUCCAUCACCAGGUGGGUUUCCGUAGCCCUCAUCGUCUCCACUGAUAGCCACUGUGGCUACCAACUACUCUUCUUGCCCUCCCCUGAAUUCCAUGACUACCACCAUUUCAAGUCCAACCAGUGUAAUGGACUGCUGGGGCUGCUGGACUGCCUCCAUAGGACUGAUGCCAUGUUUAAGCAAACCAAGGCCUAGGAGAGGCACACCACCCUGCUAGGCUACCCACUCUCUGAGAGCAUCCCUGACCCCCCAAAGGUGGCAUGAGAGAGGGCCCGAGGGCCAUCCGGCUGUCCCUCAGGACUGGACUGCUAAGGAGGCCUCAGCUAACUUGUUCUUUCAGCAAUGUCCUCUCUAACGAUGGUACCCCAAGGGCAGGGGGAAGCUCAGUCUCCUGGAAAAGUAGGGCCAAGGAUGGAGCCAGCUGAUGGCUCUCCCAACUGCCUGUUGUGCAUCAGGAUGGACCAAGGGUUGGCCUAAGGAAAGGGAAAAAACACUCCCUAGAAUAGAGGUCAGUCACAGGGAAGAAACCACGCUGGGAGGGCUCCAGGGGAAUCCCCCUUGUUCUCUGCUGUGUAAGUGGAGAGGGACCCCACAUGACUCCUUGUGGUCUAGGCAAAGACGGCACUGAGGUAGGAGGCUAUAUGGCUCAAGAUGUCACUUUGCCCCUUCCUGUCCCUAAAAGCUUUUCUCAUACCCUACUCAGACCAGGGCCACAACAUCCUCAUUGUACCCCCCCCAAUAUACACACACUGUGUCAGUGACUGAAGCACUGUUUCAGCUCUGUCCCACUGCACAAACAUCACCCCCUACGAAAAGAAAAAAUACCAAUCACAGCUCUUUCUAUAUUUAUGAGAUACUAAUGAGGUACAGACCAAACCCCAAUACCUUCAGCCAUACCUGGAAACCAAAGGCCAACUUCUAUGGACCUGCUAAGCUGAGGACCCUUUUAUCCACAGGGGGAGAGUGAAUUGCUGACUUUGGGGACACAGGGCCGAGAUCCCAUAUUAGCCCCUCUGAAGCAGCACCAAAGAGAAUAAACCCCUCUUCCUCCAAAGAGAAGGCAAGAAAACCAUAGCUAAGGAAAGGGCAAAAUCCUCAUUUUCCCCCCAGCUGUCUCAAUACCAUUUAUUCAGGAUGUUAGCAUUGAUGCCUUUUUCAAGUGAAACCUUACCAAACCAAACCACACCAAACCACCCCACAAACACACCUCACCCCCUAGCCCACCCCCACCAAACCACCCCCCACCAAACCAAACCAUACACACACCACACCCCACAAACACACCUCACCAAAACACAAACCAAACCACUCCACCCCACACCCCACACCCCACCAAACCAAGCCAAGCCAAACCACCCCACACCACAGUAGAGCAGCUGGGGUUGAAGCAGUCUCCCACGACCCAAAUCCUGGCAUUCCCUCAGCAGCCACUGACAUUGUCAGGCCUGCGGCUUCCAAGAACAAUCUGAAGAUCACUUUGGCUUGAAAGGCCAUUGUUGUUACUAAAUUCUUAUAUAUAUUUGGUUCAAUUCCUCAACUUUCAGUUCUGUCAAGAACACCACCCACUGUAUAUUUAUUACUUUAUAUAAACAUGUUUAUAAAAUACCUUAACAUCUGGUAAUGACCAAGUCUUCAGGCAGAACUAUCAAACAGCACCCUUCCUAAGGAUCCUAGGACCCCCCGAGGGCCUACCCAGCAGGCUAACCAGGCACUUACCGGGCAGUAUCCUACCCUCCCUAGCCUUCCAAAGCCCCACCCACCCUCCUCAGGCUCUGGGGGGGCCCAGCCCUUAGCUUGAAGUGCAGCUGCUGGCCUGCCCUCACAACCUGUUCCCAUGAAUAAACAGUUGGAAAA